AGGAUGAGAGAGAGAGAGAGAGAGAUUGAGGAGAAGCUUGGGAAAAUGUUCAGUGGAAAAUCUGUAGAAAUGAUGUAAGAGAAAGCAAAGACAGGGAUUGGAGUAAGGGGUGUAUAACUGAGACUAUAAAAACUCAGAGCAAAAACUCACCAUCAGAGCUGAGUUUGGGAGAAACUGCACAGACAGGACUCUAAAGUGAGAAUCUCCUGAUUUUUCACAAGAUGCUGGACUGGAGAUUGGCAAGUGCACAUUUUAUCCUGGCUGCGACGUUGGUGGUCUGGAGCUCAGGAAAAGUGCUCUCAGUGGAUGUCACAGCAGAGGCCUUUGAUUCUAGAGUCUUAGAUGUUCAGUCACCACCCACAGUCAAGGAAGAGAAAUCAGCCACUGAUCUGGCAGCAAAACUCUUACUUCUUGAUGAACUUGUGUCUCUGGAGAAUGAUGUGAUUGAAACAAAGAAGAAAAGAAGCUUCUCUGGUUUUGGUUCUCCCCUGGACAGACUCUCAGCUGGCUCUGUAGAUCAUAAAGGUAAACAGAGGAAAGUAGUAGAUCAUCCAAAAAGGCGAUUUGGUAUCCCCAUGGAUCGGAUUGGUAGAAACCGGCUUUCAAAUUCCAGAGGCUAAUUGAUUCCAAUCACACAACUUCCUUGGGUGAAAUGUCACAGAAAUACGGAAGAUGCUGCAGUGAAGUUCUUCACACUCCACAAUGAUUAAACUUCUAAGGAACCUUCUGUAAUCCUUUCCAGAGCUUUAACUUCAGUUCAUCACAUCACAGUAUUGAUGUAACUUCAAUUAAAUUGUGCAGAUAAUUUCAAUGUAUGGAUAUAUUUUAAAUAUAUAUUUUAGUUACUCAUGAACGGUUACUUGGCCCCAAACCUUACUUUUCUAAGAAACAGAAUACAGUGAAACGCUUUCUAUGUGCAUUUACCAUUUACAUAUAUUACUGAAGAAUAGUAACUGAAGACUGAUUUCUUUCAGUAAAAUUUAGGUACAAUCCAGUUGUUCACUAUUGUUCAUCCAGUAAAAUUUAGGUACAAUCCAGUUGUUCAUCAAGGAAAGACAAUGCUAUAUAGUUUCUCUUGAAGUUUUACUUCUCUCGUAUCCUUUGUCUGUGAGGCUCUUGGGUAAUGAUUAUGAAACUAGACUUCUCUUAUAUUCAAAUGUCAAUCCGGUUCAACCAAAUAAAACACAGUCCCAGUUCCAGAAACAAGAGAAAAAUGUCUCUGAGCAGAAAAAAACAGCAGUAAUUAAGCCCAUAAACUUUAUUCUCCCAAUGAACUGAGAAACACUGCAGGUCGGAGUACAUUGACUUAGAACUAGGAAAUGAAGGAUAUUACUCAUUUGCCAAGUUUGGCUAUCUCAUGUCCCCUAACAACUUUCCAUUUCUCUAAAUUACAACUUAUAGUUAAUUAAGAGUAGCACUGGCUGAUUAUGAGAACAACUACACACAGAAGUAACAGAUGAAAGUAUGGGGAAGUCAAAGAAUCACCAAGUAGGAAACCACCAAAGCACUUGGGGCCAAUUAAGUUCACCUAAUUGUAGCACAGUAUAUUUUAGCACAUUACAAUAAACAGUCUUUUUGUUGUUAAUCACUCAUCUAAGAAUCCAUUUAAUUUGUUUCAUAUACUGUGUUUAAUAAAGCAUUGAAGAAUA